UACAACCGAAUCGCGAACGUUUCAUAUAGAACGUAUAUAGUGCGCAAACUGAAUCUGACGGUUCCUCGUGGUAAUCGUUGUGCCAGGAAGCCCGACCGAGCGGAACGAUUUACAGGAUAUUUAUGUGAGAACGCAGACGAGCGAAGAUGGUGUCGGUGAUGCAGCCGUACAUGGACAUCGAGAGUUCCAGGAGCUACAUCGAUGAGCUGUACUCUCCGGACGCGCAGAAAUGCCUGGAAGCGAUUAUAUGUCUCAAGAAUUCAGUGAUCGGGAGCAACAGGCAAAAGGGUUCGGUUAUAGCUCAAGGUGUGGUGCCUCGUCUCUUGCAAUUGCUUGGCGAUACGUCCGGUACCAUCAGCGAUCGUAUAAGAUUAGAAUCGGCUGUAACAUUGGGUUCCUUAGCCAAGGGCACGGAUCAGCAUGUACUGGCGCUUAUAGAUUUAGGUGUAGUUCCACUGCUUCUACAAGUCUUGAUCUCCUCUCCAACUCCCGACAUUGUCGCAGACAGCAAGAUAAAGGUCCUAGAUUUGUUGCACGAGGCCUGUUUGCGAUGUCUGCGCACGGUAUUCCAGCAUACGGCAGCGCCGGUCCACUCGAUUUAUCAGGAUCCCGCGUUAGUACCACGGUUGUUGUCUCUAGCAAGUCGGUCGGUCACCUGUCAAGUCUGUGUCGCGACAAUUUUAACUACGGCAUGUAAGACGACAGAGGAACAGAACGCUUUGUCCAAAGGCGGUGCGGUAGAAACACUAGCGAUGCAACUGGAUUCCCCCUUGUCUGAUGUCCAAUUACCAGCUCUAGCCUGCUUAGCGAAUAUGUGUUACCAGAAUCACAUGGUGUCGGCUAUGGUAGCGUCAGCCAGCACUAGUAAUACUGUCCAUGGUAGAUUGGUACCUGUCGCAUUAGGUCAAUUAAUGGGACGUGAGAAGAGUUCAUUGAUACAACUCGAAGCAGCGAGAUGUAUCGCGUAUAUGCACAGGGCCGGGGCGUUGCCAUCCACCGAUCCGCGAGUAGUGUAUCGCACGUUACCCUGCCUCGUACGUUUAUGUCAUCGAGACCGACCGCCACGCGAGAGAGUCGCCGCGGCCGAAACACUUGCGUAUCUAACCGAAGUUGAUACAGAUCUACAGCGUUUAGCUUCCAUUAGUAAUCACUUGAUACCGACACUGGCGGAAUUGCUAAGACCACAUCCGCAAGUCCAAGAUGCAACGCUAACGCAAGAUAUGCGACAAGCUGCGUUCAGGGCAUUUGCGUCUCUCGGAGCGAAUGACGAAGAUAUCCGAAAGCGUAUUAUUGAAACAGAAAGUCUUAUGGAACAAGUUGUCUCUGGUCUUCAAGAUCCUGGUGGAUCCCGUGUUCGUUUAGCCGCGGUUAGAUGUUUGCAUUCCCUUUCGAGGAGUGUGCAACAGCUUCGUACUACAUUUCAGGAUCAUGCAGUGUGGAGGCCACUUAUGCAGUUGUUACAUGGAGCGGACAAGGGGUUGGAGGGUAGAGGCGAAGGUGAAGGUGAUUUAUUAACUGUUGCCUCGAGUACUUUAUGUAAUUUACUGUUGGAGUUUAGUCCGAGCAAAGAGCCAAUUCUUGAGUCCGGCGGAGUAGAAUUAUUGUGUUCUCUCACUAAACGGCCUGAAUCGGCACUCCGACUGAACGGCAUUUGGGCUCUAAUGAACGUGGCCUUUCAAGCGGAGCAACGUGUAAAAUCGCAAAUACUCUCAUGCUUGGGCACAGAUCAGAUUUUUCGUCUCUUGGCCGAUCCUGAGUUAGGUGUCCUGAUGAAAACUCUGGGUCUAUUACGAAAUUUGCUUUCCACUAAAGCUCACAUAGAUCGUAUAAUGGGCGAGCACGCCACGCACGUUAUGCAAGCGGUCAUUCUAGUACUGGAAGACCCAGAACAUCCGGCGGAUGUUAAAGAGCAAGCACUUUGCAUUUUAGCAAAUGUAGCUGAUGGCGAUCGAGCUAGAGAUCAUAUUAUGGCUAAUGACGACGUGCUUAAGAAACUCAUGGAUUAUAUGAUGCAUAGCAACGUGAAACUGCAAGUUGCUGCUAUUUUUUGUGUAUGCAACCUAGUCUGGAGAGAGGAACCCGGUGCAGCGCAGCGGCAAGCGCGUCUGCGGGAAUUAGGAAUUUAUCGUAUCUUGCAACAAUUACGUCACACAAAAGACACUCAACUAUUUGAGAAAGUCAAGACUGCCCUAUCACAAUUCUACGAACCUUGAACUUGGAACGUAUCACCGUUGAAGAUUAGGUUAUGAUUUCAAGUAUCUUUUUUAUAUUUGAAAUAAAUUACGAGUUUAGCAUUAACACUGUGAUCACCUCGGUUGACAAUGUAAUCGAAAGUUACAAACAAGAGCAAACUGAUCUUUCUGAGCCUAUGCCUGUAAUCUAUGUCUCUGUGUAGUAUUUAUUUAACUUAAUAGAAGAAAAUAAUAUGA